GGUGACGUUAUCGUAGUAGAAAAUCCGAUGAAGGGACGAGCAUAUUUUGGCGAUCUUAAUGCUCACAUUGCCAUAACGAGGGGAGCCGCCGGUUUCGUCACGAAUGGUUUUACACGCGAUACAGUGGAAGUGAAAUGUUCGAACUUUCCCGUCUACGCAGCCGGUUCAACCUGCUCUGAUGUGAGAGGUGUUGCUACAGUAGAGUCAACAAAUCAGUGUAUUAGCUUGGAUGGCGUCUCGUGCUGUCCGGGAGAUUUGAUUUUCAGUGAUCAAGAAGGAACACUGAUUAUCCCAAGACGGUUUGGAAAUAUCGUGAUUGAAGAAGCUUUAAAGCGAGUAUUUUCUGAGAGCAGUAUACGUCAAGACAUACUUAAUGGUUCAUCAGUAUCAGAAAUCGUC